AUGGUCGUCGUGUUUCUAGUGAUUCGCGAACUGAUCAUUGCUCGCUACCGAAAUAUGCGGAAUCCUAGACACGUAUUCUUUGUAGUGUUGGUUGGGUCAGGGAUACUGAUAACCAUGCAUUUUCGGAGUUUAGAAACAGUUCCAUAUACCAAGAGAACCCGCUGCAUUUUGUUAUCUAAUGACAUGGAGAGGCAACUUGGGGAGGCUGAAUUCGAGAAACAGAAGGCGAGUUUCAAGGGAAAGAUCUUGCCUCCCAUACACCCUCAGAGUGUGAGGAUAAGGAUGAUAUCAAUGGAAAUCAUUGAUUCCUUGCAGAGAGGGUUGAGCAAGGAACAAGUUUGGAGUGAUGUUGGUUAUGCAUCAGCAUAUGUCACAGGGUUUGAAGGGCAUACUGAGGAGACUUUGAAAUCUUUGACUAAUGCUAGUGCUUAUUGUAAGGCAGAGAGUGGUUGGCACAAGGAAGAUGAAAUCCUUGAUGACAGUUGGGUUCAGCAAAGUAGAAAGAAAGGGCCAGCUGCCUCGCAUCUCGAUGGAUUGAAUUGGGAGGUGCUUGUUGUCAAUGAGUCGGAAGUCAAUGCCUUUUGGCUACCUGGUGGUAAGAUUGUUGUAUACACCGGAUUGUUAGAGCAUUUUAAAACUGAUGCUGAGAUUGCCACUAUAAUUGGACAUGAGGUUGGUCAUGCUUUGGCCCGACACACCGCUGAAUAUAUGACGAAGAACUUGUGGUUUGCUAUCCUGCAGUUUAUUCUUUAUCGAUUUGUCAACCCCGAAGUCGUCACCACAAUGUCUUCUCUUUUCUUGAGGCUACCAUUCCGUCGACUGAUGGAAAUGGAAGCUGAUUACAUUGGCAUGCUCUUAAUUGCUUCCGCCGGAUAUGAUCCACGGGUGGCGCCCACAGUGUAUGAGAAGCUGGGAAAAGUCAAGGGUGAGUGGGCACUUUGGGACUAUCUCUUCACUCAUCCAUCUGGAAGAAAGAGAGCAGAGUUGCUCUCCCAGGCCAAAAUAAUGGAAGAAGCAUUCACCAUAUACAAGAAUGCUAGGUCUGGAAGAUGUAUUGAAGGAUUUGUUUGGACCAACGAGUUUGCUGGUGAUGGAUUAGGUUGGAAGGCUUUUGAUUGCGUUACACUAUUGAGAGAUGGAGAAAAGGUACUAGGGAUAAUCAUAUCCCCCACAAGGGAGCUAUCAAAUCAAAUAUAUCAUGUUGCACAACCUGGUGAAGUGAAAUCAGACAUGAAGAAGAUAGAGGAACUAAUUGGCACACUUGGGCGGUUGUAUGACAUAAUGAAUCGGAUGGAUUUCUUAGAUUUCAAAAACUUUGAGGUUAGUUGGUUUCUUCCUACACAAAGAAAAAUGGCAGAAGCUGAUGCUAGUCAAAUGAACAACAUGAAAGAUGCAAGCAUUAGCACACGCCAUAUAUAUGCUAUGUUAGCUAAUCAAGCAGGUGGUUAUGAAAAUGUUAAUUAUACCUUAAGGGAUAUGUAUAAUGAGAUUGCUAGACGAAGGCAUAUCCUGGAUGCGAAGGAUCAUUACGAAUUGUGUUUGACGCAUUUCAAUUCCAACAAAGGCGCAUUAGGCCAAGUGGAAUACCCUAAGAAAAUGUUGAAGGCGAAAGAUUACCAAGGUGUUAAUGUUGCUGCCUCUGGUGUUAUGGCGAUGGUUGAAGAUUGUUUCUGGUUAUUCACCAUUUGA